AUGAACGGCGCUGCUGACCCGGAGAGAGAGCAGGCGCUCGAGGACUACAAGAAGAGCCUGCUGGAGCUCCGAGAAUGGGAGGCCAAGCUCAAAUCCCUUCGGAUGGGAAUUAAGGACUUACAAAGGGAGUUCGAUAUCUCAGAGGAAAACAUUAAGGCCCUACAGAGUGUGGGUCAGAUCAUCGGUGAAGUGUUGAAGCAGCUGGAUGAGGAGAGAUUCAUUGUGAAGGCAUCAUCUGGUCCCCGUUAUGUCGUUGGUUGCCGUUCGAAGGUCGAUAAGUCAAAACUGAAACAAGGGACUCGUGUCGCCCUUGAUAUGACAACCCUGACGAUCAUGCGGAUGCUGCCCCGGGAGGUCGACCCAUUAGUAUACAACAUGUCUUUGGAGGACCCAGGACAAGUCAACUUCGCUGGUAUUGGUGGUUUGAACGAACAAAUCCGAGAGUUACGAGAAGUGAUCGAGUUGCCACUCAAAAAUCCCGAGCUUUUCCACCGAGUUGGCAUUAAACCACCCAAGGGUGUCCUCCUUUAUGGACCUCCUGGCACAGGAAAGACAUUGCUGGCACGUGCUGUAGCCAGCUCGAUGGAGACCAACUUCUUGAAGGUUGUUUCGUCCGCUAUCGUCGACAAGUACAUCGGUGAAUCUGCACGGCUAAUAAGAGAAAUGUUCGGAUACGCCAAGGAGCAUGAGCCUUGUAUUAUCUUCAUGGAUGAAAUUGACGCGAUCGGUGGUCGACGAUUCUCGGAAGGUACAUCCGCUGAUCGUGAAAUCCAACGGACGCUGAUGGAGCUUCUUAACCAAUUGGAUGGGUUCGAUUAUCUCGGAAAGACGAAGAUCAUCAUGGCUACGAACAGACCUGAUACUCUUGAUCCCGCUCUAUUGCGAGCGGGUCGGUUGGACCGCAAGAUUGAGAUCCCUCUUCCCAAUGAAGUUGGUCGCUUGGAGAUCUUGAAGAUUCAUUCCAGUACCGUCCAACUCGAGGGUGAUAUUGACUUUGAGAGUGUCGUGAAGAUGAGUGACGGUCUCAAUGGAGCAGAUCUACGCAAUGUUGUCACAGAAGCUGGUUUGUUUGCCAUUAAAGAUUACCGGGACGCCAUCAACCAAGACGACUUCAACCGGGCGGUGCGCAAGGUGGCGGAAGCUAAGAAGCUGGAAGGCAAGCUGGAGUACCAGAAGCUUUAG